AUGUGGCUCAUCAACGUCGAUACCCUUCAGCUGGAGGAGUUCAUCGAGCCAGAUUUUCCUUAUGCCAUCCUCUCUCAUACAUGGGGCGGCGAAGAAGUGUCUUUCCAGGAACUCAAAACCCAGAGAGACGAUGAUGUCUGGAAAAAGGCCGGUUACCUCAAGAUUUCCAACUCAUGCCGAGUGGCCAAGUCCCUAGAAUUGAACUACGUAUGGGUCGACACUUGCUGCAUCGACAAAACGUCAAGCGCUGAACUAUCCGAGGCCAUCAACUCAAUGUUCCGCUGGUACAACCGGUCAUGGGUCUGUUUCGCCUACCUCUCCGAUAUGGACGAUUUGGCUAGCUCGGACACAUUCCUCGAAAGCUUAGGUGAUUCCCGGUGGUUUACCCGGGGUUGGACUUUGCAAGAGCUGCUGGCGCCAAAGGCCGUCACUUUCUACAAUGCGUCCUGGCAGCUACUUGGUUCAAAGGAAUCUUUGUCACCCUUCUUAUCGUCCAUCACAGGCAUCGACGAGGCCAUCCUUAUUGGCAAGGCUCCUCUACUCAAAGUCCCCGUUGCAACUCGCAUGUCUUGGGCCUCGAAACGCCAGACUACUCGAACCGAAGACUCUGCCUAUUGCCUGCUAGGUAUUUUUGAUAUCAAUAUGCCUUUGCUGUACGGCGAAGGCGAGAAAGCCUUUGCACGGCUGCAGUUUGAGAUUCUGCAAGAAACAAACGACCUAUCCCUACUUGCCUGGACCUCAUCGGCCACGGAUCCAGAACGACAAGAAGAAUACAGCGGGCUGCUUGCAAAGUCACCGUCCAAUUUCAGUGUUUGCUCAAAUUUGAAGUUGAUCGACAACAUAAUGCAAUUUGAAGACUUUGAAGUUACCAUGACCAAGACGAAAAUUUCAAUCCAAACGAUUCUCUGGUACUUGGAUGACCUCGGCCACAAAUUUGGCACUCAGGACGAGGCAGGAUACGUGCUGCCGCUACAUUACAGCUUUUUAGAUCCAGGUUUUCCUAAGACGUUACCUUUAAACAGGUACGACGCCAGCUUUUCCACUGCAAUCGGCGUCGUGAUCGCCAAAACGCCCUCCGGUUUCAUACGUCACAAGCCUUGGAGCUUGAUCGCAAAGUUCCUCGGAUCGAAAGACAAUUCUACACCAAGCCUGCCAGACAUACGGAAAUUAAAAGUGAGGGUGUCCGACGAAAAACCUAAGCCUCUCAAGCUGCACUCAUACCAAGAACUAUCACCAUUCAUGAAACUACAGCUAUCUCGUUUCUCCUCAUUAAUCGCCCUUAUCAUAAUUCCGGCAUCAUAA